AUUGUAUAUUACUCCCUCCGUCCCUCUAAGAUGUUCUCAUUUUGACUUUUGGUGGUUUUUAAGAAGAGUUGAAAAAAGAUGAAUGUUUACAAUAAUACCCUUAAUGAAAAAUGGGUGGAGUGUAUUAAAUGAGGUGGGUGAGGUGUAAUAAAUAAAGUAAGUGAGGGUAGUUGUGGUAUUUUAAUUGUUAAUAAAUGAAAUGAGAAGAUCUAUUGUGAACAAAGAAAAAAGGCUAUUGAAAAGAUCUAUGAGGGACGGAGGGAGUAUAAUGCUUUUCACAAACAUUUCAUAAAAUUAAUUAAAGAAAGAAGAAGAGAGCUUUAGACAAAGCCACAGAGUCCAGACCGGUUUGGGUCCCACCAGAGUGCACCAAUCCGUCAGUCGCGCUAUAUAGACAGAGAAAGAGAAAGAGAGAGAGAGAGAGAGAACCCGCGUCAAUUUAUUGUUGCCUCCUUGCCUGCAUCUCCUCGGGAUUCCCGAUUGAACCAAAAGUCGCCGGAGAAUGACGACAUACGGCACGAUUCCGACGUCUUCACCCGGCGGCGGUGCGACUGCGAGCAUGGAGUACAUCUCCCGUGCGAAGGCGACGAUAAAGGAGGGGCUGGGCACGCGGCGGCCGUGGCGAGAGAUGUUCAACUUCCACUCCUUCGGCCUCCCCUCCAGCUUCCCCGACGCCGUUUCGCGGAUCCAAAUCAACAUCGCCUACUUCCGGAUGAACUACGCCCUCGCAGUCCUCCCGAUUCUCUUCCUCAGCCUCCUGUGGCACCCGAUCUCCCUCCUCGUCUUCGUCGCCCUAAUGGCCGUGUGGCUGUUCCUCUACUUCCUCCGCGAUUUCCAGCUGGUGAUCUUCGGCCGCCAGAUCAGUGACGGCGUGGUGCUGAUUGUUCUCUCCGUCCUCACAAUCGUUCUGCUCCUCUUCACCGGCGCCACCUGGAACAUUAUCACGUCUCUGCUAAUCGGGGCACUCCUCGUGGUUGCACACGGUGCUCUUAGGACCACCGACGAUUUGGCCUUGGAUGAGGAAUCCAGCGGAUUAAUUGCCAGCCACGCUCCGGCUGUUCCGUCGUCUUAGUGUGUGUGCUGCUUGUUCCGUAUGUGUUUGCGCAUUUUCCUUUCUCCAAUUCCAUUAUUUUAUGUUAUUGGUUUAUGAACGAGUGCUGAUUUUUCUCAUAUCUUGGUUAAUUUGUUGUAAAUGUAGGGAUGUGCCUUCAUUUGGUUUUGGGUUUUUUUUUUUGGAAGAAAUUUAGUCACUCGAA